CAUUACUCCAGUAAUAGCCACUGAGAUUAUUCUAGGCCCAUCUUUACCUGCCGAGUGUAUUCAUGCUCCGUCGACUUGCUUGACUCUGGUUACUUUUCCCACAACCUUCCUCAUGCAAUGUAGCGGUAAGACGAGUGACAACUUCCACAACAGAUCAUACCUUCGGAUUGUAUCUCUACUUAGCCUCUCCGUUGUGGUUGAUGAUCAAUGUACACAUUUAAUUCUUCACUUCAUAAUAAUAAUCAACAGACUAAUCCUAAUAGGAACAUUGGCAAGGAAGACAAAGGUUAAUUUGGAUGAGCAGUCAGCAAAACAAUUAGGGGCGAAAAAUAAAAUGAAAAAGAAAGCAGAAAGCAGAAAGAAGACAUACACUUCCAGGUCUGCUGACUUGCGGUUCCCAAAAGUCCCAGUGCCAACUCCUCUGCACCCACCGUUCGUCGAUCCGCGGACCUCUCACUUAUCCUCCGGUUCCGACACGGCCAAGGCAGCCUUUCAUCUUUCUUCAUCGGAAAGAACGACAACUGCAAGGGUACGUAUCUACUGCUGCCAAUAUACUUUCAAUCCUGACCUCCAGCAUGUCUAUCACAACAUGUAACAACGAUGCAGAUAUGUUUCACAACAUACCCUGUACUGUAACCAGAAGUACCUGAUUGCUCCACCUCAGCUCUGUGCGAAUCCUGUGGCUAACAGACUCAUCAUUUUCUUCUGGGCAGACAUUACACUUUGGUUGGAACAGCUGUCUCAAAGACUCAU